AUGUCUAUAUUUCACUUAGAUGAAUUGAUGGAUAUUGUUCCUGAUUCUCAGCUGGUAGAAAGAAGUGACAAAUCAUUGUUACCUGGCAUUCUGGAAAAUUCUGUUGCAGAAGCUAGAACUCGGAAAAAACAGAAGUGUUGGGUACCUGAGAAGAUAAUAUCACAUUGUAACAAGCAGAAUAGUAGUGCACUUGGAAAUACAGACUAUCAAGGUCCUAAUUCAUGUAGUAAAGCUGUGAAGCCAAGAGUGUUCACGUCAGUAUUUGAAAUGCCUUCUCCAGGGCUGAAAAACAAACAUCACAGCUAUGGAAAAAUCGUGGAGCAGCAGUGCAAUGAAAUCAGUAAAAUGCCAGAAAAAACUGGCAAUAUAAAGAGCACAGAGUCACGGAACAGUUUUAAACAUUUGGAUGAGAGCAUGUCAAAAGAUAACAGCAUAAAGCUUGCUCCUAAUAAACAUGAAAUAUCACUUAAAGCAACAACAAUGAGUUCAAGACAUUCAGAAUUAGUUAUGGAAACCAAUGAUGACGCUAGCUUUGAUGUUUCUUUUGGAAAAGGAACUACUGACAAGAAAACAGAUCAGAAAGCAAAACAAAAAGAAAUGAUGGAAACUACAGAAAUGUUACUAAGUAAAAUCAGCAACCGAUACAAAGGAAUGGAUGGUGCAAAAAGUACAAGAAAAUUGUGCCAGUUCUUUGCUAACAGGAGCACAUCUUUAAAUAAAUCUGGUUUCAGUGGUUGCAAGAAAAAAAGUCAGAGCAGAAGUUCUAGAAGUUUAAAAACUACUACUUUGCUUAACGUAACUACUGGGCACCUUAUGGACGAUGUCUACAACUUUAAUCUGAGUGGAUUUGAUGAACCUACAGUAAAACUUGGAAUCCAAGAAUUUCAUCUUACCAAACUGGAAGCUAGUACUGAUGAUCCAAAGAAAAAGAAUCGUGGAAAUAAAGAGGAAAGUAUAAACCAAAAGAAGCAAGAUAAGAAGACCAGAACUAAUAAAAACAAGAAGCACCUUUUCAGUGACACAGAUACAGAAUAUAGAGAUGAUGACAGGACAGAUAUUAGCUGGCUAAGAGAAUCAAAUAGAAAACCUAAACUGCAGCUGGUUGACUAUAGCAGACCCAGAAAACAGAAGUCUAAAACUCUGGAUACAAAUAUGUAUUCUGUAUCACCAAGCAUGGGGGAAAUACCUCAACAGAAGAAAACCAUAAAUGAUAAGGUACCAGUUUCUACCAAUCAGUGUGAUAAUGAUGCUGUGGGGAAAGCAGCACCAGCCAGAUCAAGACAACCCAGAAAAGCAGCACUAGCCAAAAAACGUUAUAAAGAACUCUCAGAUUCAACAACUGAAAGUGAAGAGGAAUCAGUGCACUUAACUAAGAAUGGCAUUUUAAAAGAACAUCCAGAACACAAAAGUAUGAAAAACAAAGCUGUCGAUCAACCAAAGGUACAACAGUGUGUUGCUUCCAGUGAGGUGACCAAAAUAAAACAGGUACAGCAAGUAAAAAAGUCCACUAAAUCAAAAGAUAAUGUGCCAAAACAACAAAUGGAGUUAUCACCACAGUCUUCGUCUGAGAGCCUACCUUCUUUUGAGACACUGAGAGGCUGGCAGAAGGGAACAAGGGAGGAAUCUACUGAUCAUAUUUCAGAGAGAAGGUCAUUUUUGUCACCCUUGCUUCACACACCUGAAAAGGAAGAAUCCUUGUGCAAUAUCAAAAAUGUGCCUGCUUUAGUGAAAAUGGAUAAGUUAAUGCAGCUUCCUGAAAAGGACCAAACACAGAUGUUUGAAUCUGAAGACUUGUCACCUAUUUUAAGUCCAGUUCCUUCGCUGAACCUUAGUCCCUCCACUACAAAAAGAAAAGGCACCAGUGUCCAAAAAGCGGACGAAUAUGGCGCUGUUGAAACAACUAGCAUACAAAAUUACUCUUUAAACAGAUCAUCUGAUAUAGAACUGAAAGAUCUUUCUGAAAACCUUAUGAAAAAUGGCAAAGAGGGUUCUGUAUCUCCAUCUCAAUUAUCCACACCUAGCAAAAGUGAGGAAGAACUAUGGCAUGCGGAACCUCUUACUAACACAUAUAAAUCUGGACCUACAAUACAUACUAAUUUCAAACGAUUGUGCCAGGAGGAUACUGAAAGUGAUUCUGAUGAAGAAGGAGAUAAAAGAGAGGGAAGAAGAAGAAAGCUGCUCCCUAGAAAGUUAUUUAAAGCAGAUAAUAGCACUUGUAAAGUUUCUGAAAGCAUGUCUCCUUUGUCCAUCAAUGAUGCAUAUACAUUUGGUGGAGAAAACUGGGAUGCUGACAGUUCAAGUGUAGGGAUGAUGUGUCAGAAGGUUUGCAAGGAGUUUGCCAGGAAAACACAGAGCCGCUCAAAGAGAAUGGACAAUUUUACAAAGCAGUCAUUGAAAACAACUCACCAGCAUUUGAAUGCAAUGAGUAGUGAGUUACAUAAGUGCAGGACCAAACAGCUGGACCAUCUUCAUUCCUGUCUCAUGAAAGAGCUCGAAUGUUUUGAAAAAGAUUCACAGGCUUUGAGAAAUAUGGAGAAAGACUUCUCAAACUUUUCAAAGAAGCAGUUUGAAACAUUUAGUACUUACAAGAAAAAUGAGCAACAGAGAUUUCAGAAUCUUAAAACUUCAUUUGAAAAGAACAUGUACCAUACUGCUGACGUUGAGGAAAGCAUUUUUACAUCUGAGAUGCAGCUAAUGAAAGAUGACAUGAAGGGGCUCCAAGAAAAAUUCCUUAAGGAAAUGCAUGAAGAAGAAUUGCUUAAUGUUCGCAAAGGACUACAGUCGCUCUUUAUGGUAGAAGAUAAAAACUUCUAACAUGGUUUAUGAUGUAAAUGCAGCAAGUUAAAAGAGACAACAUGUUUGUAUUACAUUUUGGUAAUGUGAGUGACCCAUCAUUUCUGUAAUGGGGUUUUUACUUGUUGAUUGGAUGUAAUUAUAGAGAGCAAACAAUUUUCAUGAAAAUGCUAUUUAUCAUUAUUGUAAUUUAUGUAGAUAAAGUAUUUUUAUGUUAAGUGAUGUUUUGCUUUUAAAAGAAAUUGUUCUAAAAGGAAUUCCAAUAACCGAAGGGUUUUUCUAAAAUACAAUGGCCAGCUUAAGUUAGUCAUGACUUAAUUUAGCUGGAAUGGGGCCAAUUCUUUAAAAUUAGCUGUGAUUAAAUCCUGCUUAAACCAAGAAUUAACUGUACUUUUUUUUAAACUUCCCAUAUGAUGAGCAAAGAAAUUAGGUCUUUGGAUAAGUUAAUAUUACUAUUGAAAAUAAGAGAGAUCAUAUGUAUGCAUUGCAAAAUGCAGUCUGUAAUUAGAAAUUCUGUAGCAGUUAAAGGGAAAUUAGAUGGUGCUCAUGCAAGUUUAAUCCAAGUUAUCUUAGCUUCCAGCUGGAAUUUCUUAUAACCCAAACAUUUCUAAAUGUGUUCUUUAACUGUUUUGGGAAUGUAUAUUUAAAAUUACAAAAAUGUACAUUUCAGAAAAUUAUAAUAGAUUCUGCAAAA